AAAUCGAAUCGAAGCUCCGAAAGGCGAAAGAGGGUGGAGAAGGAAAAUGGCUGCGGGCCGACCUUCAGUUAACCUAAAUCGCCUCCUUCUUUCCCGGCGGCAAAUUACGAAUCAGUUGCAGGCAGCGGCUGCUAGAACCAUUCUCUCCGAUUUCCACACUUCAAAGUAUGAAACAAGGACCCAAUUUCCCACUUCUUCUCCUUCGACCAGACUCAACAUCUUCCCUCCAUCCAUCCCCUAUCAGAGAAACUUUGCCUCACAACCUUCGCCUACAAGAACCAGAGAAGACGACAACAAGAUCACCAUAGGACCCAAAACCUCAAACAAAGAAGAAACCGAUGUUGUCUACUACGGCCCUAUCUCGUCGACCAUAAAGAAAGUGAAGCUUCUUUCGCUCUCCACCUGCUGCCUCUCUGCGUCCUUAGGCCCUGUCAUCACCUUCAUGACCUCGCCGGACAUGAACGUCAUCGUGAAAGGCGCCGUGGCCAGCACGGUCAUCGUUCUCAGCGCCUCCACCACCGCCGCCCUCCACUGGUUUGUCAGCCCUUAUGUUCAUAAACUCCGAUGGCGGCCCGGUUCUGAUUCCUUUGAGGUUGAAAUGAUGACUUGGUUGGCGACUUAUGUUCCCCGGACAAUCAAGUUCUCCAGUGUCCGGCCACCGGAGACUAAUCGGCCUUUCGUCAGCUUUAGAGCCGACGGAAACUUCUACUUCGUCGACGGCGAGCAUUGUCAUAAUAAGGCGUUGUUGGCACGGCUGACGCCACGGGAACGGGCUCAUGAGUCUGCUUUCAAAAACCUUUGACUCAAAAAACUUCGAGCUCGAAAUAAUGCGUAAGUUUCUUGUUUUGGCCUGAUAUUUUGAUUUUAUACUGAUCACCCGAGACAUUGAUAUCUACGAAUUAAUCACCCAGGUGAAUUUUAGAACUAUCAAACCGAAGUAUUUACGCGUGCCACGAUUAACUUAUUGAGAAUUUUAUAAAAAAUGAUAAGUAUGGGUUGUGAUUUUAUCAUGAAUUUUAAUAUUUGAGUGAGAAUCUGUAAAAUGGAUGAAAGAGGGUGAUUAAUUUGUAAAUAGGAACUGAAUGCUUUUAUGUAGUUUGAGAACUUGAGUUGUUUA